GUUGAGUGUUGGUGUUCGGACAAGGUACACAGAAAAAGAAAAAGUGACAUUUGCCUUUUGGAUAAACCAUAAUCAUGUCAUACUACGAAGAUGCGAUUAAGAGAAUGCUCCCCAAGACCUAUCAUCGCAAAUAUGUGGCCCAUGAAAUAAACAUUGCGUUGACUCACUUCAAAAACCUUGAGCCCAUUAUGGAUAAAUACGUUUACAAGGAUGGAACCACAAAGGACUUGAUGAGUCUUGCCGGAACCAUUCCUGUCAUAUUUCACGAUCACACCUAUAACAUCCCGGUGUGCCUGUGGAUUGAGGAAACCUACCGAAACUGCUCCCAUCUGCUAUGUCAGACCUAG